AGUCUCGUGUAUUAGAUUAUAAUAUUACUUAUUUACAUUCUUUACACGUGUAGUGUAUGUUUAUUUUAUUCUUUUGUAUACAGUACCUUAGUGAGAUAUAAAAUGUAUAAAUAGGAGACUUUGAGUCUUGUACAGAUACGGAUAUUAUUUUUCUAAUGCAAUGAAUGACAUUCAGUGGAAAGAAGAGAAUUUAAUAUGGUAUCAGUAGAAUUUUUUCCGCAAUUACCCUUACUUUCCCUUACUUUCCCUUUCGUGUUUCCAGCUUGUUUCUCUUUCGUGUUUCCAGCUUGUUUCCUUUUCCGUGUUUCCAGCGUCUUUCUUUUCUUCCGAGAUUUUCUGUUUCUCACGUCCUUCCUAUGCGAUUUCAUCUCUUGAUUUCAUUCGAUUAUUUUUUGUUUGGCUCCUGAUCUUGUUGUUUUGUGAAUUCGAUUUCAAUUUGAUUUCCUUGAUUUCGAUUUUCUUUUCUUUUCCUCAAUCAUAAACCCUAGAAUCAUGCCUGAGACAGAUUCAUCCUCUUUUUCCCCUCCCAUUCUCAACGUAGAAGCCGAUCCUCGAAGUCCUUUCUAUCUAACGACUGCAGAUCAUCCUAGUGUGCUUCUCGUCAGUGAGAAACUCCACACAAGCAAUUACCAUUCCUGGAGCCGAUCUACGUUUCUUUCCUUGAAAGCGAGAAACAAGUUAGGUUUUAUUGAUGGAUCUCUUCAUCCUCCUGCUCAAACUGAUUCAUUGUUUUCUUCGUGGAGCAAAUGUGACACUAUUGUCCUCUCCUGGCUCCUAAAUUCGUUGUCCCCUAAAAUUGCUCAAAGUGUCAUUUAUAUUGAUACUUCUCGUGCGAUGUGGCUGGAAUUGAAGGAGCGUUUUUCUCAAGGGAACGGACCUCGUGUAUUUGAGUUGCAGACUGCCAUCUCUGCCCUACGACAGAAUCAAAGCGAUGUAAGUACUUACUUCACUGAAUUGAAAGUGCUUUGGGAUGAACUGUUGAAUUAUCAACCUCUACCAAUGUGCAUCUGUCGAGGCUGUACAUGUAAUUCAUCCAAGACCUUUGCUGCAUAUCAUCACAAGAGUUAUGUGAUGACAUUUCUCAUGGGGCUUACUGAUGUAUUUGAUGCUGUGAGAGGUCAGAUUUUAAUGAUGGAACCUCUGCCAUCUAUUAACAAAGUUUUUAGUCUUGUUAUACAAGAAGAACGCCAAAGGCUUCUUAGUCAGAGGCAUACUCCUUCUGUAUCUGUUGAGUCUGUUGCUUUAGCUGCUAAGCCAGACACUGUAGUUAGGAAUUUUAAACUUCCUACACGAAGCAAGGUCACCUGUAGUCACUGUGGCAUUUCUGGCCAUACAGUUGACCGGUGCUACAAAAUCCAUGGAUAUCCUCCUAACUAUAAAUUUCGAGAUAAGACUAAAGGUGUUAAUGCCACUGCCAAUGCUGUUCAGAACACUGAUUUGACUUCCUUGUCGCUCACUGCGGAUCAGUGUCAACAAUUACUAGCCUUACUCAAACCAGCUGCUUCCUCUCCACCUUCUUCAGUAAACAUGGCUUUAAUUCCCAAUUUUUCAGGACCUAGUAACCUCGAAGAUGAUUGGGAUGGGUGAAAUGCAAGAUGGCCUCUACAGAUUGACUUUUCCUCAGUCAUCUAUCAUUUCCAGGGAAUCUUCUACUCCUACAUCUUGUUUUUCCAUUCAAUCUAAUGUAGCCUUGUGGCACUUUAGAUUAGGUCAUUCAUCUUCUUCUAGAUUGCAAUCUUUACGGCAGUUUAUUCCUGUUUUGCAUUCUAAAUUUGAUACUUGUACCACUUGUCCAAUUGCAAAACAGAAACGUUUAUCUUUUCCUAUUGGUCAUCAUAAAUGUAAUGCAUCAUUUGAUU